AGGAUCUGGAACAACCCUCUCCCUCCGUUUGCUUGGAACAACCUCCCUCCGAGACCAAUCUCUCCAAAUUCUUACCCCAUACCUCCACACUGUGGGGUAAGAUGAACCCGCCUCCAGCACCCGAAAAAACGAACAAGAAGGUCUCUAGAGCUUGCAAUACCUGUCGUCUCAAGCGGAAAAAGUGUGACGGCCUAGAUCCCUGUUUUUUCUGCAAAGAAACCAAGGUUGAAUGCUCCUACUCGCGCGAGCCUCGUCGUCGAGGCCCACCAUCUGGUUAUCUACGCUAUACAGAGACCCGAGUGACGCUGCUCGAGACUCUGCUCGGUCUUUGUAUCCUCAAACUUCGGGGGACUGUGGCGUUCUCCGAAUUAUGCCUGCAGUCUGUGGAGAUUCUUCGUACGGAGAGUAAGACAUGUACCCAGGAUGUGUGGGAUGCCUACAAGGUCGUCUGGACCGGCACUGAUGCCGCCAAGAUCCUCGACGAUCUGACCAAUACGUUUGCCCCCUUUGCUCAGCGGACCGACCAGGAGACGUUUGCUAAGCCUUUGUUGCCGCCGCCAAAUCCCAACUUGAAGGCGGGCGGUGGGCAACAACAGUCACCUUCGACACCAUCACAGCCGACAUUCUAUCAAGCCAAGGCUAAUGGACAUUCGCAUUCACCGUCUGUCAUGCAGACGACGCCCUCACCGACAAGCGAGCAGCCUCAUCUGUCUUAUAGCUAUUCCAUGUCACGCGAGUCCUUUGAGCGUACACAUACACCUCCACCACAGCUCAAGAAGUGUGAUACGCCCGUAUGGUCACGCGAAGACGUCGAUUUUUCUUUUCCUUCUACAUCUCCCACGACCUCCAGAGCACCGUUGCUGACAUACCCAUCCCCGAUCUCAAAUGCCUUUCCUGUGGCCACUCCUCCUGACGUAGAGAUGACCACCGACCUAGACUACAAAGGGCUCACUGACGAGUCAAAUCCAGCGUAUACUGGCAGCUACUGGCGCUCCGCUAAUUUUGAGGCAACAUCACCGUCAUCCAAACUUGAUUUUCUCCCUCCAACCGAACAAGUCGAUCUUCCUCCUGAACACAUUCUCACCAAUCUCAUUGACGUCUACUAUACACACGUACACCCCAGUUAUCCCCUGCUACCUCCUCGACAUCUUAUCGAGCCAAAACUCACUGCACCUACGGUGCCGGAAGGCACAACAUGCCUCAUGCUUGCGUUGUGUGCCUAUGCUGGUCGGCUGUCGCCGUCAAAUCCGGCCCUGACAGUCUUCGGAGGUGACCCGAGCAAAAUUGCCGCCGAUUUGUGGUAUGAGCAAGCACGUACCGCUAUGAGCGCUCUCCUACGGAAAGGUAGCCGACUUGAGAGCGUGCAAACACUUCUACUCCUCGCUCUUCGAGAUCAUGGACGCGGGAGUGAGGGCCAAGCGUGGUUGCUCAUAGGUCUCGCCGUGCGAAUGGCACAGGAGCUCGAAUUAAAACCUACAUCGGAGGUUUGGGGAGUAUGUCUUACCCUCGACCUCCUGCUGUCUUUGCAGCUCGGUCGACCUCCAGGAAUCGUUGAUGCUCUUCGUCCACCUCCUAGUAUCGUGAAGGAUUCAGGCGACCUAUUUGUUCAGACCUCUUCACUGUGCCGAAUUGUUUCUCGCAUCAACUUGCAUCUCUAUCUUGGAUUCGAAUUCCCGGCAGGGAAGCCUAUGGAAACGCUCAAGGCAGAGCUUGAUCGGUGGCAUCACGACCUUCCCGUCCAGUUUCGUAUUUCCCUUGGUCAUCAACCGGAGCGCAGGGUCUUGGAAAUCAACAUGUUCUACCAAGUAGCCAUCAUCCUGCUCUACCGGCCCUUUUUCAAGGACAAAACAACCCAUUCAACGUUCCUCGACGCUGCGUCGACAUUCAAUGUUCUUCUCGACAAACUCACGGUGGAUCCUUCCUCUCUGGCGCAGUCAAAUCCUGCGAUGAUCUACCUCAUAUUCACCACCGCGAUUGCCCAUCUCUCCGGGUAUAAGCUAUCCGUCCGGCCUACCCUCCGUCUGCAGACCCAACUGCACCUGAUGAACUGUGCAGAGGCGCUGAAAACCAUUGGAGAGACGUGGGAGCUUGCGAGGCGGUGUUGGCGAAGGCUGGACCGGCUCAUGGACAUCGAAGGCAAGCGGAAGCGAGACAAGGAGGAGGACCACCCGGCAAGGAAUAAUCCUGGGAAGAGGGAAGAACCAGGCUCGGUGUAUACGUCGGAUGGGCUGUACGCGCCUCCGGCUAUGGUGGAUUGGGGUAAGGACGGCGUGUCGCUCUCGCCGCUGUUCUUACCUGGGGAUAUAUUCGACCCGAGUGCUAAUAUCUUCUCGUCCGGCUGGGCGCCGGACCCAGCGGGCUCGGGCACAAUGGAUGCCUUGAGUUGGGAUGGAGAGUGGGACGAGAAAUUUUGGGGGAAGAGUUUUGGGUUCGAGGGGAUGACGGGGUAA